AUGGUACGAUCACGACCAGACAUGCUGGAAAUCAGCACGUCCACAUCUGCCUCGUCGUCCUCCAGCUCGCCCGAGCGUGCUGCUUAUGAUGAUGAUACCGACUUUUUCACAACUCAGCGGAAUGACUCGGAAUCUUCCAUCGGCGUGGCAUCGCUGCGGGAUAUGACCAUGUCUCCCUCUCGCGAACGCGAGUACCGUCUGUCACCCAUCAGCCGCCUCCCUCCAGAGCUCCUAAUUGGAGUCUUUACUAAAUUGAGCUCGAGUAUGGACUUAAGAAGCUGCAUGCUAGUUUCAAAAACGUGGUCAAGAAACAGUGUGGAUUUACUGUGGCAUCGUCCACUGUGCAAUACAUGGCAAAAUCUUGAGAGUGUCAUCAAAUCGAUUCGAGAGACUGGCGGCUACUACCCAUACCAUGCUCUCGUCAAGAGGUUGAACUUAUCGAACCUGAAUGACAGGGUCAAUAAUGGGACAGUGAAGCCGUUCAUGCAUUGUAAUAGGAUCGAGAGGCUGACGUUGACUGGCUGUGUCCAAUUGACAGAUAAGGGAGUGUGCUCUCUGAUUUACGGAAGCAGAAGCCUUCUAGCUCUGGACAUCACCGGGCUGGACUCGAUCACCGAUCAUACCCUAAGGGCUGUCUCGGAAAAUUGUGGUCGUUUACAAGGACUGAAUAUAACGGACUGCUCCAAGGUGACGGACGAUUCGCUGGUAGAGGUUGCUGAGCACUGCCACUUUCUCAAAAGGCUCAAACUCAACAAUUGCUCCCUGGUGACGGAUGAGUCCAUCAUAGCUGUUGCGCACCAUUGCCCAUACAUGCUUGAAAUUGAUCUUCACAAUUGCAGACAGGUUAGCAAUGUAUCGAUCACCGCUUUGAUCUCGCGUGGGAGGCAGCUUCGAGAGCUCCGUGUGGGUCAUUGCCAUCUCCUCACAGACGCUGCCUUCCUGGACUUGCCGAAGAACCUGACGUUUGAGAGCCUUCGGAUCUUGGAUCUCACUGCUUGCCAUCAUCUUCACGAUGAAGCUGUUGAGAGGAUUAUCGAGACUUCGCCCCGACUUCGGAAUUUGGUUCUUGCAAAAUGCAAGGAGAUCACCGAUCGAUCGGUCAUGGCAAUUACAAAGCUUGGGAAGAACUUGCACUAUAUCCACUUGGGCCACUGUGCGCAGAUUACGGAUACUGCUGUCGUGCAGCUUGUCAAAAUGUGCAACAGAAUCCGGUACAUUGAUUUAGCAUGCUGCCAUCGGCUCACGGAUACAAGCGUGAAGCAACUAGCUACGCUCCCGAAGCUUCGAAGGAUUGGCCUCGUAAAGUGCCAGUCGAUCACGGACAGAAGUAUCCUGGCCUUAGCGAAGGCGACUGUUGAGCCAAGACAAAAGCCUCUGACUCAGAGCCUUCUUGAGAGAGUGCACUUGAGUUAUUGCAUUAACCUGACACUUCAGGGCAUCCAUGCAUUACUAAACCAGUGCCCGAAGCUUACACAUCUCAGCUUGACAGGAGUUCAGGCCUUUUACCUCCGAGAAGAUCUGAUCAGCUUCUGCAGAGAAGCACCACCCGAGUUCACGGAACAUCAGCGGCACGUAUUUUGCGUGUUUUCAGGUGAAGGAGUCAAUCGACUUCGAAACUACCUCAAUGAAAGCCCCGAGACCCUCUAUGAUACAGAGGGAACGAUGUAUGAUGACCGUGAAGGCGAAGACAUGGAUACGGAUCAUCAGGUUGCAGGCCUAAUGCAUGCGACUGGCCUGAACGAUGAUGACGACGACGACAUGGAUGAGGUAGAUGGUGGUGAUGGGAGCCAGUACGAAUUGGAAGGCGAGCGGUGA